GCCUGGGGUAGGCGAGUGCCUCUCAGGCCCCCGUUACACAGGUACAAAAGGAGAAGCAGGCGGGUGCGGGGACGUACCAGCGUCCCCCCGGCACCCAGCAAGCACCUCGGGGCGCCCCACAGCUCCUGGCCACAGACCUCCAGGGACAGCUAUGGCAGGGGAUGGGGAACUCAACCGCAUCAUCAAGGACCUGCAGAGUAAGUGUGUCAGCCUGCCCCCUGCCAGCCUGCCCCCUGCCAGCCUGUCACCUGCCAGCCUGCCCCCUGCCAGCCUGUCACCUGCACGGCACAUCUCACACUGGACAUGCCGGGCCCCUCCUCACACCCAGACCAUGGGCAGCGAGACUGUGACUGAGCUGAACCACUGCUACCGGGAGCAGAACCUGCCGGUGACGGACGGGAGCCGGGAGCUGCACAGCCUCUGUGCCCAGCUGGAGUUCCUCCUCCAGUUUGACCUCAAGGAGAAGAAGAGUUUCUUUGGGCAGCGCAAGGACUAUUGGGACUUCUUGUGCCAGGGCCUGGCGCGGCGCCGGCAGGAGCACGAGGGCAUUCGCUUCGUCACUUCCCUGGACAAGCUGAAGACCCCCGUGGGCAAGGGCCGAGCCUUCCUGCGGUACUGCCUGGUGCACCGGCAGCUGGCAGAGUCCCUGCAGCUCUGCCUUCUCGACCCCGAGAGCCUUUGUGAGUGGUACUACGCCCGCAGCCCCUUCCUGAGCCCCCAGUGCCGGGCGGAGAUCCUGGGCAGCCUGUACGAGCUGGACUGUGUCACCUUCCACCUAGCCCUGUGCAGAGAUGACCUGGACACUGCCUGGCCCAUGUUCUCCGAGACACUGGUACGGCCCAGCUCGGUGGCUGGGAUCAGCCUGGCAAAGACAGCCCCGCAGACAGACGACACCAGCACCAGGAUGCAUGAAUGGCCUGAUGGCAUCGCCCAUUCCACCAUGGCAAACAGUGGGGUGCCAGCCCACCCGUGCCCACCUGCCUUGGCUGCCCUGGGGGCAGGGGAUGUAGAGGUGGAGGAUGUGGAAGGGAAUGUGGUGGAAGUGAAGAAGGAUGUGGAGGAGGAUGUGGAAGAGGAGGAUGAAGAGGAGUUGGAGGAUGAGAAGGAGAUGGAGGAUGAGGAGGAGGACGUGGACGUAAAUGCAAAGAAGGAUGUACAAGUAGAGGAGGACGUGGAAGAGGACAAUGAAGAGGAGUUGGACAAGGAUGAGAAGGAGAUGGAGGAUGAGGAGGAGUUGAAGGAUGUGGAUGCAGAGGAGCUGGAGGACACUCACAGUGCUGGCAAAGCACCCCAGCCCGAUGGUGGCAGGGAGCCUGGCACACCACCACCACCCAGCACUGGGUGCAUGCCAGGGUCCCCACCACCAGAGCCCAGGCAGCCGGGUUGGACGGAGGUGUCCCUACGGGCGCUGGUGUCCCAGCUGCAGACCGAGCUGGGGCAGUGGAAGGCGUCAUCCCGGGCGCUGGCAGCCCGGCUGGCAUGGGAGGAGCGGCGGCACAGGCAGCAGGAGGAGGGCAGCAUGCGGCGGGCCCGGCUGCAGGCACACGAGGCCGAGGCGCUGCGGGACACCAACACCUUCCUGGGGCAGGCGCUGGCGGCGGCAGUGGCAGCGGGGGGACCGGGGGCGCUGGUGCGGGCACAGGAGGAGGCACGGGGCUGGCGGGAGGUGGCAGAGGAGCGGGGUGCACGGCUGGCUGCGGCACUGGCAGAGGUGGCGGUGGUGUCCUCGCGCCUGCAGGAAUGCCAGGCGGCGCUGGCCACAGCAGGACAAACAGACAUGCCGGAGGAUGCCAGUGCCCCAGAUGAGGUGGCUGCCGUGGAGGAGGUGCUGCGGCGGGCGCUGGAGAUCGCCUGCGGUCCCCAGGAGUCCCUGCUGGAACAACAGGCAGAGGGGGAGCCUGGCACAGCCACCGGCAUGGCCAUGCGCUUGGCCACCCUGGCCGCAGCAGCACGGGAGGAGGCCUGGCAGAGCCGGCAGCAGCUCCAGGCCCAGAGGCAGGAGGUGGCACGGCUGCAGGAGCAGCUCAGCAGGGCCCGGCAGGACGGCGAGCGCUGGGCAUCGGCACUGCAGCGGGCACAGCGAGAGGCCCUGGAGCGGGAGGCCACGCGUGGCGCGGAGCAGGCACGGCAGCAGGAGCUCAUCCGAGACAUGAAGGGGCGGCUGCUGGAGCUGCUGAGGGAGAAGGAUGCCCUGUGGCAGAAGACAGAAGGCAUCGACACACCGAUGCCCAGCCCGGCACCCUGCGAUGCAGGGCUGUGUGCCCGCUGCCACAAGGAUUUCCACCUCCUCUCCCGGCGGUACAACUGCAGGUUGUGCCAGGGCAAGGUGUGCCACGCGUGCUCUGUGGACGUGGGCAAGCAGGGGCGCUGCUGCCUGCUUUGCUACCAGCAAAGGCGCCCACAGGCUACAUGAGCCAGGACUGCAGCCCUCACACUGGGCCUGGGACACCCCCUGCCCUGGCUGCUUCCUCUUGGACUUACUGGGGACCAAAGUGUCCAGGACCUGCAGGCAGGUCCUGCUGCCUGACUUUUCAGGUUGAGACGUGUCUUUGUUGUGACUGGUCCAGAGAGAGGAAAACAACCCACUCCUGCUA